AUCCCCACACUCCCCACCGUCCACCAUCACCACCACCACCACCAUCACCCUCUUCAAAUCCCACCAUAUAUAAAAAAUCCCAACUCAACUAUUAAGCACAUACUUACAUCUCCUUCUCACAAAACCCUCUCCAUUCUCCUCUCUCUAAAGCUCUUUAAAUCACAUCAACAUCAACAUUACAACUCACAUCUUCUCUCACAUAAUACAAUCAUUCCUCAAUAACCUUACCUACUCCCGAAAUGUCACCAAAAGGACCCUAUAAACUCUGUACCGUUAACAAGGUCCCCGAAAGAGCAAAGAUUUUGAUAGGAAGGGUGGUUGAGGAUGUUAAGGAGGAGUAUACGAUUGUAUAUGUUAAGAAUGCUGAGAGUGAGUUUGAUUUUAUGAUUUAUGAUUUUUCUUUCUUUCUUUUUUUUUCUUUUUGGCUUUUCUGUUCUGUUCUAUUUGAUGGUGCUGUGGGGUGGGAGUUGGGGUUUUAGAUAGUGUGGAAGAGGAUGAGGAAGAGAAGGAUACUAGGUUUUGGGUUUUGGUGUGAAAUUGGAUGAGUAGUCCGAUCUGGAGGUUGUCAAAUGCCAAAUACACGUUGGGUUGAGUGAAGUCUCACUUUUGUAGUCCACGGAGCUGUAGAACAUAUAAAAUCCUCGUUUGCGUCAGUCAUACAGAGAAUUGGUCGAAACCCUCGAACUUGAGGAAGAAAGUAGCACAUGAAUCAAACUCAAAUAAUGACUCGAGAGAUCCGAAUAUCAACACUAACUCCCCCACAGGAAUAGAAGAUGUAAAAGCAAUGGUCGAAGAGCAACAACCAGAUGUCCUAGUAUGUCUCAUCCCUCUUUCUCCCUCCUCUUCCCUCCCCUCCCCUCCCCUCCAUUCCCUCCUUCUCCCUCUUUCUCUUCCCACCACCCAGCCCAAUCAAACCCAACCCAACCCUACCCCUCACUAACCUCCCUCCCCCAUCUUUCCAGUUCGUAGCCUCAAUGUGGACCUCCACCGAAUCCAGCGAAAUCCAAUCCAUCGCCCAAACCACCAAACCCGGUAUCAAAACCAUGGCUAUACCGCACGGAUUACAAGUCGAAAAGGGUCCUGAUGCUGUUGUGGAGUUUUUGAAGGAGAAAUGGCCUGGGCUUGUUGAUAGUGAGUUUUUUUUUCUUCUUCCUUUUUUUGAGUUUUGAGUUUUGGGGGAGGAUAGAGGGUAGAGGAGUGGUGCUGAUUCUUCUUUGAAGAUUAGGAGUGGAAUUUGGGUUUGGAUUCGGGGAGGACUUGAUACCGAGGUAAGGGUAGAUAGUAGGACGAUGGGAUUGGAUGGGAUGAUGAAUGGAUAUAGGAUAUAUAGGAUGAGAGGGCGUCGAUGUAAAAUGUAGAUGGUGUUAUAUGUGAAUUUGCCUAUACACAACCGGAAAAAAAUGCAAGGGUAAAGUGUCAAUG